ACCUUUGAUGUGGACAACACGAGAUGGCAUCUGCCGCGGGAAUCCACAGUUUAUUAACGAUACGGCUUAAGAAUGAAAUAACUGAAGAUCAGUUAAAGCUAAUAAAGCAUUGCUUUACCAGAAAAAUUGGAGCCGGGAGAAUAGAGAAUAUGGACACAUUAGAUCUUCUCAAUGAACUUAACAAUCGAAUGAUAAUAUCUGAAGGAAAAUACUACAAACUCAGGAAGGUUUUCAAAAAGGUUGGACUCGAGAAAUUAAAUAGACAGCUGGAUAAGGCGGAAAAGAGGAUACAAGAAAUAAAAAGUGGCAAAGCCAAUGGCAAAAACGAGGUCAAGGAAGAUCUGUCCAGCUCCGAGUCUGAUGAGG